AUGACCUUUGGCGUGAACUACGACGACCUAAGAUCUAAAGUGUGUCCUCAAUUUGAGGCCGUGAUGCUCAGAACUAAGGCCUGGAGGGUGGAAUGGACAAGCAGUGAGGUGGCAGUGACGGACAGCAAACCGGACAAUAAUGUGGAUGGUGGUGGAGGGCGGCGAGUUGCGGUGUGUUUUAAUCAUACAAAGUACAAUUUAGUGACGAUACUCACAGUUGCAGUGCCCCCUUCAACAGGCUUGUGCGGAUUGAGAAACCUUGAAGAGUUGGAUAUCGGUACUAAUGGAUUUUGGGGUUCUCUUCCUUCAUGCUUCAGCAAUAUGACCUCACUCCGUGUGCUUGAUGUUCAAAAUAACAAUUUUAGCGGGGCCAUUCCUUCAUCUCUCCUCUAUAAUCUCAAGUCACUUGAAUAUAUUGCGUUAUCUAGAAAUGCAUUUGAAGGAUCACUUUCACUUGCUUCCCUGGAAAAUAAUCAUAACCUUAAGGAAUUCCGCCUCAUGAAGAACCGUAAUAGUAGUUUGGUAGUAAAUACAGAAGAGCCCACUUGGUUUCCUUCAUUUCAACUUAAGGCGUUUAGUUUAUCACACUGUGUGCUCAACAAAGACGCAAGUGGCGUAAUUCCCAGCUUUCUGAAAGAACAGUAUAACUUGAGCGUUGUUCAACUCAGCCACAAUGGAAUGACAGGAAAUUUCCCAAGUUGGCUAUUGGACAACAAUGUAAAUCUAGAACAGUUCACACUCAGAGGCAACAAUUUGUCAGGUUCAUUUUAUCUGCCUUCCAAUUUGAAUCUUGUCAGCUUACGGAUUUUCGAUGUGUCUGCUAAUUUUAUGGAAGGAGAGCUUCCAUCUCAUAUUGGAUCUAUCCUCCCGAAAAUGAACUAUUUGAAUCUGUCAAGCAACAAUUUGAAAGGUGGAAUCCCUUCCUCAAUGGGCAAUAUGCACCGGUUGUCCAUAUUGGACUUGUCGAAUAAUGGCUUCACGGGAGAAAUACCAGAGACUUUGGCUAAAAAUUGUUCGCAACUUAUGGUAUUAAAACUGUCAAACAACAAUUUGACAGGCCAAAUGCUACCGAGGUAUUCUAACUUGAUAGGCUUGCAAUUUUUGUAUCUGGACAGCAAUCAUUUUACAGGGGACAUAUCGCCUGGUAUAUUAAAUAUCUCCUUCUUGCAAGUUUUAGAUGUAAGUAAUAAUUCCCUAUCUGGAACACUUCCCAAUUGGAUUGGAGAUAUUCAACACUUGGGAGCGCUUAUACUGUCAAGUAAUUUAUUGGGAGGUCCUUUACCGUUGAGCUUAUGCAACUUACAGUAUCUCGAUCUUUUAGACCUUUCAAGUAACAACCUUAGGCCGAAUAUACCCCCUUCUUUCAAUGUUACAAUUAUGAGGUUCUUGCAUUUAGCAAAUGACACACUUGCUGGGCCUUUUCCUGAGUUUCUUUCAGGAGCUUCAUCGAUUGUCACGUUGGAUCUAAGAGAUAAUGUAUUGUCAGGUGAGGUCCCCAGCUGGAUCGGUUCACUUCGGAACUUGAAGUUUCUUCUACUACGAGGAAACAAUUUUGAAGGUUCAAUCCCUCCGGAUCUAUGUCUGUUGAAAAAUAUGAGCAUAUUGGAUCUUUCCAAUAACAAUCUUUCUGGAACAAUUCCUUCUUGUUUGAAAGAUUUGACAUUUGGAAACGCUGGGGUAUCUACGGAGGCAUUUGCUACCUCGGUCUCUCCUAUACAUUACGAUGGCGUACACUAUAUUGGCAGAUUCGGUUUUGAUUAUUCGUAUAGUGACAUAUCUGAUUAUACGGGGAGAUUCGAAGAAGUACACUUCAUGACAAAGAGUAGGUUGGAAUCUUAUAAGGGCAACAUUCUAAAAUUCAAGUCAGGAAUGGAUCUCUCACGGAACAAUUUGACAGGCUUUAUUCCUCCAAAGGUUGGCUACUUAAGUGAACUUCGGGCAUUGAACUUGUCACACAAUCAUUUGAAGGGAACGCUCCCAGAAACAUUUUCCAAUUUAAAGAACGUAGAGAGUUUGGACCUGUCCUACAACAACUUAACCGGUCCCAUCCCUCCACAACUAAUAGAGCUUUACAGGCUGUCAAAUUUUUUUGUGGCUCACAACAACUUGUCAGGCAGGAUACCAGACCCAAAAAAUCAAUUUGGAACUUUUGGUGAAGCAAGUUAUGAAGGUAACCCUCUUCUUUGCGGAACACCAUUAACAAACUGUGAUGACUCAAAUCACGAACAGGGGACAUCGCCAUCUUUAAAUCAUACCAGGGAGGAUGACUCUUGGAGAGAAGCCUUCUUGUGGAGUUUUGUAGGAUCAUAUGCCGUGGCAUUCCUUGGGGUGGUUCUUUUUCUCUACCUAAACUCGUACUAUCAGUGCAUGCUGUUCAAGCUUGUUCGUAAGCUUAUCCCAUCGUUUCCCCGGUAG